CUCAAAACCAGCCGAACGGUUACCAUAAAAUGUAGUGCUAACCUGAACUAUAUAUGCUUAAUUAGACAGGUUAGCCGAAGCAGCUGAAAUGUGAAACCGAAUUGCUAACCUACAUACAUACUAUAUAUAUAUGUAUGGCUAGGAAAUCUGCAGCCUUGGAAGUGGUCCAUGUGAAAGGGUAAGCAAUUAGCUUAAUUUAAGCUAGCGUUUCGAAUGAUGACGACGAGGUACAAAAUUAGUAUGCCCAAACAGUACUCUUCCCGAGGACUAAUAAGCAACAGCCGAUAUUGCUCCGUCACUGCGUUGAUCUUUUUUGUCUUCUUCCUCCUCUUCGGCUUCCUACUCUUUGUUGGUUUUCUCAACUUGUCCGGCGUCGUGUCCAUCUCACAAGUGAAAACCAGCAGCCGGAGCCGGCAGGAGGAGUUCCUCCUCCGAUGCCCAUCUCCUGGGACACCAACGACGACGACGACUGCCCACUACCCGACAAGGCAGAAUAGGGCAACGCAGGCGUGGAACAGGAGCUGCCCGUCCUACUUCCGGUGGAUCCACGAGGACCUCCGGCACUGGAAGGAGAGCGGAAUCACGAGGGAGAUGGUGGAACGCGGGCGGAGGAAGGCGGAUUUCCGGCUGGUGAUCGUGGGCGGGAGGGUGUACGUGGACAAGUACCGGCCGGCGAUUCAGACCAGAGACGUGUACACCCAGUGGGGGAUCCUCCAGCUACUGCGGCUGUACCCGGGCAGGCUGCCCGAUCUCGAGCUCUUGUUCGACUGCGAUGACCGCCCCAGGGUCCUCGCUAAGGAGUUCCCGCGCCCCAAUUCCGGACCGCCGCCGCUCUUCCGCUACUGUUCUGAUGGAGCCAGCUUGGACCUUGUGUUUCCGGACUGGUCAUUUUGGGGAUGGGCGGAAACCAACAUAAGGCCAUGGAAGAAUGUGUUGGAGGACAUCAAACAAGGAAACAAAAGAAGGAAAUGGAAGGACAGAGAGCCUUACGCUUAUUGGAGAGGAAAUCCAAAUGUGGCCCCCACUAGAGGGGACCUUCUCAAGUGUAACUUGAGUGACAACUAUGAUUGGAACGCUCGCUUGUAUACUCAGGACUGGAAGGAAGAAUUCAAAGAGGGCCCCAAGCAGUCAAGACUUGAAGAACAGUGUACCCACAAUAGAGGGAUGUCCCCAUUGCAGCACUAUUGGCCUAUUCGUGAGAACACCAAGUGUUCUUCUCUUAAAUAUGCCGUAGAGUGGGGCAAUAACCAUAGUGAAGAGGCAGAAGCUAUCGGGGAAGCAGGGAGCAGGUACGUGUUCGAGGAGAUGAAGAUGGAGUUUGUGUACGACUACAUGUUUCAUCUGCUGACUGAAUAUGCCAAGUUGUUGAGGUUUAAGCCGACGGUGCCGCCGGGGGCUGUGGAGGUGUCCCCUGAAACAAUGGCGUGCCACCAAAAUGGGACGUACAGGAUGUUCAUGAUGGAGUCGCUGGUGCGGUUUCCUUCUGAUUCCGUUCCUUGCAACUUGCCACCUGUCUUUGAUCCCAACGAGCUUCGAGACUUUUGGGAUGGGAACCACAAGUCAAUCAAGAGAGUUGAAGCUUUGGAAGAUGAAUACUGGAGAACCCAUCCAAAACCAAAUUUAGGGUCAUAAAUUACCUAUGCUAACCUCUUGAAUCUAAGUUUGAUGUGUGUUACGUUCUCUCAAAUUUCUUUUUACCUCUUUUAGUGAAUUACUGAACUUCUCUUACUUUCUCCUUUAUCCCUAAGCUCCUAUUGUCUUUCCAAUUUGAAGGGAAAAGAUAGUAAUAGGUUUGUUAGGAUGUCUGCCAUGUGAUUUUUUUCAAGAAAAAUGUAGUAGCAUGAUCACGCCUGCAAGAACCUAACAUAUAGUAGUGUGUAUGUUGAUCUAGAUAUGCUUCAUAUCCCCAAUGGUGAACUAUAUUUUCUAGAAUUCUAAUAGCUGACAUACUAUAAUGAAUACGAAAAAUGAGA